ACACAAUAGCCACGUAGAGUCGCUCGGCUUUCAAGUGUGACAUAACACCCGGACUGUCUGCGUUUUACUAACGUUACACUUGCAGCAGCUACUCCGUGUAACAACCAGCAGCUAGUCCAUGCGUCCUCACUGUAAAAUAAGUUGAUUCAUCAUCCUAUUAAUAGCUCAUGGGUCAGCGAGCUGUAAUUGGUGCCUUUAGGAUUCAUGUGGAGCCUCUGAGCGCUGAUAGGCUGCUGCAGGAGGAGCGCUGCAAUGGGGCCGAAAAAAAGGUCACAGCGAGAUCUGCAUGAACUUCAAGAUUUGGUGGUGAAACACGCCCGGAUUGAGGAAUCUGGCUGGACUGGUGUGAAUGAGCGCACCUUCAUUGCUGUGAAACCAGAUGGUGUGCAGCGGAAGCUGGUGGGAGAAAUUGUGCGUCGCUUUGAGAGGAGAGGGUUCAAACUAGUGGGUCUCAAACUUGUGCAGGCAUCUGAGGAUCUUCUCAGGGAACACUACUUUGACCUGAGGAGUAAGCCUUUCUUCAGACGACUGAUCAGCUACAUGAGCUCUGGACCCGUCGUAGCCAUGGUGUGGGAGGGGUUGGACGUGGUCAAGACUGCAAGAAAGAUGAUGGGUGAGACGAACCCCGCAGACUCGAAGCCUGGAACCAUCCGAGGAGAUUACUGCGUGGAAGUGGGCAGGAACGUGAUCCAUGGCAGCGACUCGGUGGAGAGUGCCCAGAAAGAAAUCUCUCUAUGGUUUCGACAGAACGAGCUUCAGUGCUGGGAGGACAGCAGCAGCCACUGGAUCUACAACUGACCGUCUACAUUUUCUGUGUGUACACCGUCCUGUAGGCAAAGCAGAGCUCUUUUAUGUUCGUAUCAUUACAAGACAUCAUAACCUCAGAAGACUUUUUUUUUUUUUUUGCUUUAGUAGCUUGUAGCCACAUGGGAGAGAAAGUGUCAUUGCUGUCUUGCUGCUCCUUUUUUUCAUAAAGUGUAUUUUUUAUAUGACCGACACUAAGCAAGCAAUAAUUUGAUCAGCAACUCAACAGUGUCUGCUUUUGUUGAAGUUUUCAUUGUAGUCUUUGUUUAGUCCAGUUCAUGUUUACAGUUUUUAAGCAAGAUGGGAAUGUAGAGCAAUAAAACGUUGUGAUUCAUAAUUUUCAUCAGAGAAUGACAAGUAUAAAAAACUGCAUGUAAAUUCACCCUAAAGGCUAAUUUCAAUUGAAAGUACAUGAAACUUAUGUGCUGGGCAAAGUAUUUGAAUUUGUAAAAUUCUCAAAUACAGAAAUUGUUUACCAGCUCAGUUUGUUUUGGAUUCAGUUCUGGCUAAAAUUUGCACCAUCACACAAUAUCUUUUUUCACCAUUUGGAAUGAGGCUCCGUUUAACUUUUAUGGUGAAAAAUCUAAUAGUCCUUGUAAUGAAAACCCAGCCACAUGGGAGCAGUUAACAUAUACCACUAACAUAAUUAUUGCCUUUUUACAAAGAGAUGAUUUUCAGGUUCCAGUACCUAAAUUUAAAUUCUGUAAAGUUGUAAAAAGAGAUCAUCACAUCACAUGGGACUACUUGAAUGUAAAGGGUAGAAGUUUUAAAGUACGAUGCUUAACUAAGGUUUUCGAGGAGCACACAGCUCUGAUUAUGGCUUUAUAAAGUCAGAAUGUCAGGCUCAGUUUCCAAAUUGAGGAGAAACUGCACUUUAUUUAAUGUGCUUACAUCUUCUCUUGUUCUAUGAAAGUGUCAUUUUUCCAGUUGCUGCUUUUGUCACAUUCAGGCUUUUCUGAAAUACCAUGAUGCUGUACUUAUAUUGGAACUGUCAAAAACAAUAAAUCUGAUCAU